GGCCGGGCGAUGCAUCUACCUGGCGGCACCUGCCCCUUCCCCGCCGCUCCCCUCACCGGGUAACUCCUCCCUGCCCGCAGCGGCUGCUCCCGGCUCGCUGCGCCGCGUCCCGUCCCGUCCCGGCUCCGCUCCGCUCCGGCGGGGGCAGCCCCAGAACAAAGAACAAACACAUCUUCCUUUGACUGGUUACUUGUCUGGGCAGAGGUACACUUUCCAACUGUGCUGUGAAGAGCUGGGUAAGAAUGGAUGCGACAUAAAGCAGAAGUCCUGAAGCCUUAGUCACCAGUCUAAUGGACUUGCUGUUCAUGCUUCACUUCCAAACACUUGAAUUGUUGUGGUACUACUGACAAAGGAAAGAUGACCCAAUCUACUGUUGGUCCACCGCCAUACUAUGAAAAUCAGGGCUUUCAGCCAGAAAACAUCUAUUCUGCCAGGCAGGCAGUAGGUGCUAACCCAUAUCCACAGUACUACACAACAAAUGCUCCGUCAGUGCCAAGCUACGUCCCAAGAGUUUCUACCUAUCAGUCAAGUAGGCCAGUAACGCAUUCAUCUGGGGGAUCGUGUACAUCAAAGAUAAGGAAAAUCUUAAUCAUUAUAUUAUCCAUUUUACUAGUCGUUUGUUGUGCAAUCGCAGCUUUCUUCAUCUGGUAUUUUGUAAAGAAUCGUUGUGUCAGCUCCUUAAUAGAGUGUGGAUCUUCAGGAGUGUGCAUACCCGCCUCGCAGUGGUGUGAUGGAGUGAGUGACUGUCCCAACGGGGAGGAUGAAACCCGGUGUGUUAGACUUUUUGGACCAAACUUUAUCCUGGAAGUUUAUUCACCUGUUAGUAAAAGUUGGUAUCCUGUUUGUCAAGAUGGUUGGAAUGAUGAUUAUGGAAAGACUGCAUGUAGAGACAUGGGCUACAAUGUAGAUACAUAUUACUAUAGUCGAGGCAUAGCAACUGAAGGCAGCUUUAAAAUCUACAUGAAGCUGAACACAAGUGCUGGGAAUAUAGACUUGUACAAAAAGCUGUAUAGCAGUGACUCUUGUGCAUCAGGAAAUGUGGUUUCUCUGCGCUGUAUAGAGUGCGGCCUGUCCAGUAAAAGCGUGAACCAAAUGACCAGAAUCGUGGGUGGCAGUGGGGCAGUGCUGGGGCAGUGGCCGUGGCAGGUCAGCCUCCACGUGCAGGGCACCCAUGUCUGUGGGGGCUCCAUCAUCACCCGCCAGUGGAUCGUGACAGCAGCACACUGUGUGGAAGGACGAUUUUCUGACCCAUACAGCUGGAGGGUUUAUGCUGGGAUUUUGAAUCAGAAUGAGAUGCUUUUAAGAAAUGGAUACAGAGUGCAACUGAUCAUUUCCCAUCCCUAUUAUGAUACAGAUUCUAAAGACAAUGAUGUUGCCCUUAUGAAGUUAGAGACACCGCUGACUUUUACUGAUACUGUACAGCCAGUUUGUCUGCCUAAUCCAGGAAUGAUGUUCCAGCCGAAUCAGCAGUGCUGGAUAUCUGGGUGGGGAGCAGAGUACCAAGGAGGUAAAACAUUAAACAACUUGAACUAUGCUAUGGUGCCCUUAAUAGAACAUUCUAGGUGUAAUUCUGUCUAUAUCUAUAACGGCAUGAUUUUGCCUACAAUGAUCUGUGCUGGAUAUCUAUCAGGGGGAAUUGAUUCCUGUCAGGGUGACAGUGGAGGUCCACUAGUAACCAACAAAAACUCCCUGUGGUGGCUGGUGGGAGAUACCAGCUGGGGAACUGGCUGUGCUAGUCCCAAUAGACCUGGGGUGUAUGGGAAUAUGACUGUGUUUACAGAUUGGAUUUAUAAAAAUAUGCAGGCAAACAGAUGACAACACUCUCUGUCCUCCUUGCUGAUCAAUGAUUCUGAGAACAAGAGUAGAUGAAGCCAUGGGUGCCUGGGAUAUUUAUUCACUUUGCAAAUUUUUUUUUUUUUCAUUAUAUUUUCUUUUUAAAAAUAACAUGAAGGAUUGCACACUCGGUUCUGUGCUGGCUACAGUGACUGAUUUUAAUCAGUGAAGGAUUGCCACAAUGAGCACCUUUCUUCUUGUGGUACCUGGCAGAAAGUCAUUCUGUCAACUGCUUGCUGAAAUGUCUCCCUUUAGUCCAGUAACUUUCACUUGAAAAUCAGGUGCAGGCUUAUAAUGGCAAUUUUAAUCAGAAUUUAAUUUAAGAUUUUUGUAGUAGGAUGCUGAAACAGUUGGUUUAGUAGUGUUUUAAAUUAAAUCUUAACUAAUGUGAACAUUGAAUCUUGGAGCUGCUGGCUGGCAAUUUAAAAAGAAAGGAAUGUUUUAUAGAAUAUAUGAAGGAAAGUUUUCAUGCACUAUGGUAGAGGCACAGGUUAAAAAAAAACCAAACAAGCAACCCGAACUGUCUAUUCAGGUAGUUAAAAAUCCUCAGGAUUUUGACACAACAGUCAUUCAAGUUGGACUGUUCCAAAUGAGACCAGUCUGACUGUCUCAGUAAUCAAAAGUGCUGCUCUGCCUUAAGCUGCUUGGAACCCAAAGAGGGCACGACCUGCCGUCACUCGAUGUGAGCUACAGAGAGGGCUGCUCUGGAGCUGUGACGAGUUAGACGUGGUGAUGGCCAGGUCCCUGGCUGCACACAUCAAGGUUGACUCUUGCACUCCUCCCUAAGCACAGGGCAAAGUUUUUCAGUGGGGCUGUGCUGCAGGUGAUUGCAGACACACGUGCAGAGGCUGCGGAUGUUUUAUGCAAAGAAACGCAAAGCUGCGUUUCUGCCUGACCAGAUGAACUACCUCAUUUAUUAAAUUUGGCUUGUAAUUCCUUAGGGCUGUCCUUUAUGAUGUUUUUAGCAAAAUGUAAUUAAUAUCAAAAGUGCCACCUCAACUAGGAUUUUGAAAAUAAUUUAUAAUCAUAGUAGAGAGGAUCAAAAAGCCAUACCAAGUCACUUUUGUUAAGAAGGAUAAAUCUUUUGAAUGAAAUUACUAGUCUUGUUUUCUCUUUUGGCACUGAAAUGCAAUUAUCUUGCAUGUAAACACUGCACCAAAUAAAAUUUUUUUACAAAGUU